AUGGCACGUGUUGCUAGAGGACAUGGCGGAGAUGGUGCUGGUGAUCCGCCGGCUCCAUAUUGGAAGCCAGAAUUAGGAUGUCUUGCGAGUGGUAAAAAGUUGCGUUCGUAUGCCAAGAAUCUAGAGCUAGAAAAGCUAAGAAAUGACAAUGGGGCACCGCUAGACAUCGAGUUUGAUAUCAGAACCAAAACGUAUAAUACGGUUGGACCGAAUGCAAAGUAUUUUGCACCGUUGCUGGGAACUUUGGCGAGGUCGGUGCCAUUUUACUAUGAUUCAUGGGAGCAAGUCCCUGAGGAGGCUAAGGAACAUUAUUUUUUUAACUUGAGGUCGUACAUCCAAGACUUUCAUCCAAAUAAUCCAAUCAGAAAGGGAGUAAAAUACGGGGUGACUGCAUCAUUGAAGAAAUAUUACAGAAAUGGAAAGUCCCAAUUCAAGAACGAUCUGUUUGUUAAAAAAGGAGGUGUAAAAAGGGUAGACAAUAUUCGGGCAAACCCUCCAGCUGGUAUAGAUCCCCAAGAAUGGAACAAGCAUGUAGACUUCUUCGUGAGUGGGGGCUCUGUGCAUAGGUCCCAAGUAAAUAAGGCGAACAUGGCUCUCCAAUCGGAUAUUCCGACGCAGGGUCGUACAUCAUUUGCUCAGAGGCAACGUGGGAUUUUUGGGCCAAUUACUGCAUACCCAAGCUUAUUCGCUACUUGGGCUGAGUCACAUCAACAUGAGGAUGGGUCGUGGACAAGUGAGCUUAGGGCUAAGCAACAUUUUUGUAGGUGGAGUCUAUGAACAACACGUUAGGGAAUGCACGCCAAAUCUCAAAUGAUUUUGAGUGCAUAAAAAACAGAUUUUCCAUCCGGUUUGAA